GAAAGAUAAGUCCCUAGUAUAAUCCUAAAACCAAAAAAGACACAUCAAUGGAGAAAAACAAGGGUCCUAGAUUGUUGCUUAUCCCUUUACCAGUACAAGGACACAUAAACCCAAUGCUUCAACUUGCACAAAUCCUUCACUCAAAUGCUUUUUCCAUCACCAUCAUUCACACAAGUUUCAACUCCCUUAACCCUUCAAACUACCCUCACUUCAACUUCUGUUGCAUUCAAGAUGGUAUAUCAGAAACUGAAUCCUCUACUUCAGAUCUCUUGAAUUUUCUCAUUCAACUCAACACUAGAUGUGUAAAGCCUUUCAAAGAGUGCUUAGGAAAACUACUGUCUGAGGAACCUAUCGCUUGCUUGAUAUCAGAUGCUAUGUGUUAUUACACUCAAGAUGUUGCUACAAGCUUUAAUCUUCCAAGGCUUGUUUUGAGAACUUCUGGUGCAUCUUCUUUUGUUGCUUUUACUGCUUUAGCUUUAAGAGGAAAAGGGUAUAUACCUAUACAAGAAUCUAAAAUGGAAGAUGAAGUGACAGAGCUACCUCCACUGAGAGUAAAAGACUUACCUAUGAUCAACACAAAGGAACCAGAUAAAUAUUACGAAGUACUAUACAAUUCUGUCAACAAAACAAAAACCUCAUUAGGAGUGAUAUGGAACACUUUUGAAGACUUGGAAUCAUCAUCACUUGCAACACUAAGCCAACAAUUUUCAGUUCCAAUGUUUCCAAUAGGCCCUUUUCACAAGCAUUUCCCUACUAAUAAUAAUACCUCUUCUUGUAGCAGCUUAAUACCACAAGACCAAAAUUGCAUUUCAUGGUUAAACAAACACAAACCAGAAUCUGUUGUCUACGUGAGUCUUGGAAGUUUAGCUUCAAUAACUGAGGAAGAGUUUUUGGAGAUAGCUUGCGGUUUAGUCAACAGCGACCACCCGUUUUUGUGGGUGGUUCGACCGGGACUAGUCCACGGAUACGAGUGGCUCGAGCCAUUGCCGAGCGGGUUCGUGGAGAAUAUAGAAGGUAGAGGGUAUAUAGUGAAAUGGGCACCCCAACAAGAAAUUCUAGCUCAUGAAGCUAUUGGUUUGUUUUGGACACAUAAUGGUUGGAAUUCAACGUUGGAGAGUAUUUGUGAAGGAGUUCCUAUGAUAUGCAUGCCUUGUUUUACUGAUCAAAAGGUAAAUGCUAGGUAUGUGAGUCAUGUUUGGAAGGUUGGAUUGCAAUUAGAGAAUGGAAUGGAGAGAGGUGAAAUAGAGUGGACUAUUAGAAAAUUGAUGGAAGGAGAUAUUGAAGGGAAAGAGAUUAGAGAUAGAGCUUUGAAAUUGAAGGAAGAGGCUAAGGUUUGUUUGGGACUAGGUGGUUCUUCUUGCUCUUCUUUGGAAAGGUUGGUUGCUCAUAUUUUAUCAUUGGAGUUAUUUAAUUUUGAAGCUUCAUAGUUUGGUAGGUUUUUCAUCUCUUUUAGAAAAAAUAUAAAUGUAAAAUCCAAAGGGUUGAUUAUGUGGCUAUGAACAUGUUUGGAUGUUUAUGUAGUUUUUAGAUUUGCAUUAUAAAAUCUUGUACGUAUUUGCAAUGAGUUGAUUAAAAGAUUGAAUUAUCUUUUA